CCUUUGUCGUGUCCAGAACCCCGGUUCUGCUUCUGCAGCUGUGACGGCUUCAUUAAAGCUUCCGGAACCGGACAUGGGUUCUGAUUGUACAGCACCAGAACCGCUGACAACCAUGUUUAUGAUUAUGAUCGUUGCAAGGCAGCAGAAUCAUGAACUGGACAGAACUUUGCUCACUGGACCUUGAAGAUUUUCUCUUGAAGAUGAGCCGUCCAACCUGGACGAGAUGCCCCUGAUGAUGUCUGAGGAAGGCUUCGAGAACGACGAGAGCGACUACCAGACGCUGCCGCGCGCCAGGCGGGGCCAGCGGCGCGGGGGCCUGGGCUGGUUCCUGCUGGGGGGCUGGGAGGUCUUCUGCACCAGCUGCUGCGACUGCCUGGCUCAUGUCUGUCGGAGGAAGAAGCAGAUGAAGCCCCGCACCGUCUGGCUCGGCCGGCCGGAGAAAUGCGAAGAAAAGUUCCCAAAGAACGGCAUCAAGAACCAGAAGUACAACGUUCUGACCUUCGUCCCCGGGGUUCUCUACCAGCAGUUCAAGUUCUUCCUCAACCUGUACUUCCUGGUGGUGGCGUGCUCCCAGUUCGUCCCGGCGCUGAAGAUCGGAUACCUGUACACGUACUGGGCCCCUCUGGGUUUCGUGUUGGCCGUGACGAUGGUGCGGGAAGCCGUGGACGAAGUGCGGCGCCAUCAGCGAGACAAAGAGAUGAACUCGCAGCUCUACAGCAAGCUGACAGUCAGAGGUAAAGUCCAAGUGAAAAGUUCAGAUAUACAAGUCGGAGACCUGAUAAUCGUUGAAAAGAACCAGAGGAUUCCUGCAGACAUGAUUUUCCUGAGGACGUCGGAGAAAACGGGAGCGUGUUUCAUCCGGACGGAGCAGCUGGACGGAGAGACGGACUGGAAGCUGAAGGUGGCAGUGAGCUGCACGCAGCGCCUGGCGGCGGUCGGGGACCUGUUCUCCAUCAGUGCCUUUGUCUACGCCCAGAAGCCCCAGCUGGACAUCCACACCUUCGAGGGUAACUUCACCCGGGAAGAUGUGGAACCGCAGAUCCACGAGAGCCUGAGCAUCGACAACACACUGUGGGCGAGCGCCGUGGUCGCAUCAGGAACAGUGAUCGGAGUGGUGAUCUACACGGGAAAGGAGACGCGGAGCGUCCUCAACACGUCCCACGCUAAAAACAAGGUGGGCCUUCUGGACCUGGAGCUGAACCGCCUCACCAAAGCCUUGUUCCUGGCCCAGCUGGUUCUGUCCGUCGUCAUGGUGGCGCUGCAGGGCUUCGUGGGCCCGUGGUUCCGGAACCUUUUCCGCUUCGUGGUCCUGUUCUCCUACAUCAUUCCCAUCAGCCUGCGGGUCAACCUGGACAUGGGGAAGUCGGCGUACGGAUGGAUGAUCACCAGAGAUGAAAACAUUCCCGGCACCGUGGUCAGAACCAGUACCAUCCCUGAGGAACUGGGCCGGCUUGUCUACCUUCUGACAGACAAGACAGGAACCCUGACGCAGAACGAGAUGGUGUUCAAGCGGCUUCACCUGGGAACCGUCGCCUACGGCAACGACACCAUGGACGAGAUCCAGAGCCACAUCGUCCAGUCCUACGCUCAGGUUCCGGCUCAGCCGGCUGGAGGCGGCACCGGGAAUGCUGCGAUGGCGAGGAGCAACCCGUCGCAGGGCCCCAAGGUCCGAAAAAGUGUGAGCAGCCGGAUCCACGAGGCGGUGAAGGCCGUCGCUCUGUGCCACAACGUGACGCCGGUCUACGAGUCGCACGCCGCCGCAGGGGAGACGGAGUCGGCGGAGGCCGACCAGGACUUCAGCGACGACAACCGGACCUACCAGGCCUCCAGCCCAGACGAGGUGGCGCUGGUGCGCUGGACGGAGAGCGUGGGGCUGACCCUGGUCAACAGAGACCUGACGUCGCUGCAGCUGCGGACGCCGUCGGGACAGAUCCUGUCCUUCCUCAUCCUGCAGGUUUUCCCGUUCACAUCGGAGAGCAAGCGGAUGGGCAUCAUUGUUCGGGAUGAGGCCACUGGAGAAAUCACCUUCUACAUGAAGGGAGCAGACGCUGCCAUGGCGACCAUCGUCCAGUAUAACGACUGGCUGGAGGAGGAGUGUGGGAACAUGGCCAGAGAGGGCCUGAGGACCCUGGUGGUGGCCAAGAAGUGCCUGUCUGAAGAGCAGUAUCAGGACUUUGAGAGCCGCUACAGCCAGGCCAAGCUGAGCCUGCUGGACCGGGCGCUGAAGGUGGCGGCGGCGGUGGAGAGUCUGGAGAGGGAGAUGGAGCUCCUGUGCCUGACCGGCGUGGAGGACCAGCUGCAGGCCGACGUCCGGCCCACGCUGGAGCUGCUGAGGAACGCCGGCAUCAAGAUCUGGAUGCUGACUGGAGACAAAAUGGAGACAGCUACCUGCAUUGCCAAGAGCUCCCACCUGGUGUCCCGGACUCAGGACGUCCACGUCUUCAAGCCGGUGUGCAGCCGGGGGGAGGCGCACCUAGAGCUGAACGCCUUCAGGAGGAAGCACGACUGCGCGUUGGUGGUCUCUGGAGACUCCCUCGAGGUGUGUCUGCGCUACUAUGAGCAUGAGUUCGUGGAACUGGCCUGCCAAUGCCCAGCUGUGGUCUGCUGCAGAUGCUCGCCCACACAGAAGGCCCAGAUCGUCCGGCUGCUGCAGCAGCACACAGCCAACAGAACCUGUGCCAUAGGAGACGGCGGGAACGAUGUGAGCAUGAUCCAGGCUGCCGACUGUGGCAUCGGGAUUGAAGGAAAAGAAGGGAAGCAGGCGUCACUGGCCGCAGACUUCUCAGUCUCGCAGUUCCGACACGUCGGCCGCCUGCUCAUGGUCCACGGCAGGAACAGCUACAAGCGCUCGGCCGCGCUGGGACAGUUCGUCAUGCACCGAGGGAUGAUCAUCUCCACCAUGCAGGCUGUCUUUUCCUCCGUCUUCUUCUUCGCCUCGGUGCCGCUCUACCAAGGUUUCCUCAUGGUCGGGUACGCCACCAUCUACACCAUGUUUCCCGUUUUCUCGUUGGUUCUGGACCAGGACGUGAAGCCCGAGACGGCAUUGCUCUACCCAGAACUCUACAAGGAUCUGACGAAGGGUCGCUCCUUGUCCUUCAAAACCUUCCUGAUCUGGGUUCUGAUCAGCAUCUAUCAAGGUGGCAUCCUGAUGUACGGCGCCCUGGUUCUGUUCGAGUCCGAGUUUGUCCACGUGGUGGCCAUCUCGUUCACGGCGCUGGUUCUGACGGAGCUGCUGAUGGUGGCGCUGACCGUCCGGACCUGGCACUGGCUCAUGGUUCUGGCCGAGUUCUUCAGCCUGGGCUGCUACCUCGCCUCGCUCGCCUUCCUCAACGAAUACUUUGGCAUCGGCAGAGUGUCGUUUGGGGCGUUUCUCGAUCUGUCCUUCAUCACAACAUGGCCGUUCCUCUGGAAGGUGUCGGCCAUCACGCUUGUCAGCUGUCUUCCUCUCUACAUCAUCAAAUACCUGAAGCGUAAAUUUUCUCCUCCCAGUUACUCCAAGCUGUCGUCCUGAGCGGCGCCCCUGCUGGCCGAAGAGGGAACAUGGCACCGCCUUCAGCUUUGUUUCCUCAAAGCUUUUAGAAACUGAUGUUCUUUAUUUGACGUGUUUACGGCUGCAUUCUGCUGAAGGACUUGAUCACUUUGAGUAAUUUCUCAUGUUUUCAAAAAGACUCGCCAUCCGGGCAUAGAACCAUCAACCUUUUUCCACGCUGAACGGGAAACGUCCUCAGCAGGAAGCGGCGGCGCAUUUUGUGCCUCCCAGUUGUUAAAUCCUGCUGAGGUCCUUCUUAAAGCGGCUUUCAGGCAGAAUGAGUUUUAUCAUUCAGUCUCUGCUGGAACAAACUGCUGAAAACAAACCUGGAUGUUUUUUUCUAGGGACAGAUUGGCAACAAACUGAGUUAAAUUUACUGGUUUUUUUUUACAGUUUCCUGCUCUGAUUCCGGUUUUCUACUGAUUGGAUUGCUGUGUGUUUCUGUUUUAUUCCUCUUCUUGCACUGCAGUGUCAGUAUUUAUUUCUAAAAAUGUUCCUGAUUAAUUAAAGAAACUGAAUGCUGGAGAAACGGCUGAUUUUCAACGUUUGAUGAACUUCCUCUGGCGGCCACCUGGGGGAGCCAGAGGCUGAUUUCUGCACCCAUCAUCACACGUCACAGGUUGUAAAGUAAGCACACCCUUGUUGCUGUGUGGGGUUGAAGGUUCUGGUGGUCCUGCAGGAGUUCAGAACCGUUUGGACCUUUGGUCUCUCACGUGAAAAUGAAACUUUUAAAAGUUUGCUGAAAAUCCACUAAAACUGCAGAAUAAGUUUUUGACUUUCAGGAAAUCAAACUGAAGAGUUGGAUGAUCUCUGCAGUCAGAACCAGUGGAACAUUCAUUUGGGUCUGACUGGAUUUACUUCUUAGGAUGGAGUUAUUGAGACUUCAUCUCUUCAGAAUAAAAGUCAUCUUAUUCACGAAGAGAAAGCUCAUUUCUGCUUUUCUCUCUAAAUCCGGUUCUGGUCGUUCGGGUCUUUGGACUUCAUGCAUUAUUAAUGCCAUGUUCUGAAAAUAUAAUUACAUGAACUAAGAAGCUGGUCUAGUCAAAGUCCAUAUUCUGACUGAAAUGCCUCUGCACAUGUCUGCAGUUGAAAUGAGCAGAACCAGUGAAACAGAUACGAGGUUCUGAAAGGUUCUAUGGGUCGCUAUUUUGCUCGUUAUGCUAAUUUCAUUUUUUUUUAAAUCGCGGCUUUGUUCUUCCUAACAGAACCUGGAGGACACCGGACCGCCGGUUCUGUUUUCCAGCAGAGAUGAUUUGAGGAGGCUGUGAAAACGGGCCGGUCCUGGUGUUCAGAACCAGAAACUUCCACUGGGUUCUGAUGUGACUCGGUUCUUGUUGGGUCAGUUGUGUUUUCUGGUUUCCAUCAGAAGAGAACAUUUGGCUUCCAGAACCUUCGACCCGUCCCCCUUUGGGCCCGGAACCUCUGAGCCGUUUGGACUCUGAUCAGAACCGUCUGUGUGCAUCCGACCCGGUCUGGUGCUGAUCAGUGAUGAAUCUGAUGGUUCGAUGGUUUCAGUUCAGAACUGCUUUCAUCUGUGGCUGCAGGUCCAUUUGGGCCAACCUGAAGUUCUGCAAGUCGGGUCCGACUCAUCAGACAUCUCGGUGCCGCUCAGUUUGAGCAUGUUUGACUUUUCUCCUGAAUCUGGGUCGGUUCCAGAUGAACAUGAAGUCCUGCUGGGCUCACUGGGUCGGGUUUAACGUUCAGUCACUCAGGUUUCUGCCUUUAUUUUCAUGCUUUUAACUUGAAAGGCAUUUUCCUUCAUCCUGUUGAGCGUCAGUCGCCGCUGAAGGGCUGAAACUCAUCUGCAGUUUUGGCAUUCGGGGCCUGAACUGGAUUUUUUACGAGCUUUUAAAAGACUUUUAGUGGAAGUUUAUGUUUGUACAAAUUUAUUAGUGUUUGCGUUAAAAACACGGAUCUCUGGUUUAGUUUCUCCCUGUUGGGUUAAAAUCAGACACAUGCUUUGGUUUAGUCAUUAACUAGUUAACUGGGUUUGGAUUAACCCUCCUGUUAUGUUCCUGGUUCAAUUUGACCCCGGGAGUGUUUAAUUAUGCAAUAGCGUCAGAAACCAAAAAAAUCCUCCAAAAUAUCUUUGUAUCUGAUUAUUAUAACCAUUUCUAUCGAUAUUUGUGCAAUUAUGUUUUUUUAUUUCUCAUAAAUUAGGGAUUAAUGACGACAACCCGCUCAUUAACUCAUUUGGACUUAAAAAAUGGAAUUUACAUUUUUUAUGUCCACUGAAAAAAACCUAGACACAAAAAAAAACAUUUCGUUUGAAAUUAAUCUCUGUCAAGUUUUUUUUAUAUUACAUUUUAUUUUUUUCAAUGGGUGAUCUUUAUAAUUGACCUUGAGACACAUAUACUGUUCCGGGUCAAAUUGACCCGCUGAUUAAAAUCAACAUAAAUGAAUCAUAAAGAGAUUAUUUAUGUUUUGCUCCA